CGAUGAGACUGAUUGAGAAAGUGUUUAAUCCUACGGGCAAGAAACAUGCCGGUACACUCAUAUUCUUCCACGGUUCUGGCGACACGGGCAAUGGUUUGACAGAAUGGAUACGGUUCCUGCUUGGCCGUGAUAUGGAAUUUCCGCACAUUAAAGUUGUCAUCCCGACGGCACCGGUACAACCGUACACACCGAUGGGAGGAGAAAACUCUAACGUAUGGUUUAACCGGAAGCGCAUCGAAAUGGACUGUCCCGAAAUACGAACGUCACUUGCCUCCAUAUACGACACCGUUAAUGAAUUGUUGGUGCGUGAGUUAGCCGCCGGUGUACCGUUGAAUCGGAUCGUCGUUGGCGGUUUCUCGAUGGGCGGCGCACUAGCAAUGCACACCGGUUAUCAUUUGAAUCGAGAUUUGGGUGGCGUAUUUGCCAUCUCUUCAUUCCUCAACAACGGUAGCAUCGUGUACGAUUCGUUGGGCUGUAUUUCGGAAGACGAAAAGCUACCGGAACUGCUUAUGAUGCACGGUGAGCGGGACACGCUGGUGCCGCUCGAAUGGGGUCAAACUACGUUCGACGAGCUGGCAAAGCUGGGUGUACGGGGUCAGUUUGUUCCUCACCGUACCGCGCUACAUGAAAUCAAGAAAGAUCAGCUGCUACGAGUCAUCGACUUUGUGCAAAAGAUCAUACCGGAACCAACGGAUGAUUACCUGGAACCGAGCAAGCCCGAAACAACGGCCAAGUCUAUCAAGAGUGUAAAGAAAGGAAAGCUUUGA